CGAGCCGAGGCAACAAACUCCAGUUACUAUGGUGACUGGGUACGCGCUUUUUAUUCCGAUUGCGUCCCGGGGGAUUCCGAGUGCGCCUGCGCCUCUACAGCUUCAGCCCGCGAGAGCCCGGCCAAAACUAGUCUUACAAUGAUUGCUACCUCAAAGAGCUCCGUUACCGCAACAGUCAAGGCCUGCUUCUCCAAAGAAAGUGCUACCAUUCUGGAAAAGGACAAUAUGCUGUUGGCACAAGAAGAGGCAACAGAUGAAGAAGAAGAAGAAGAAGACGAGAUAAUAGAUAAAAACAUAGUUGAUGAAGAACCAAAAGAGGAGGUCCUUGUGCCAGUGCAGAUCACAGACCGGAUCUUUUUUGUUGAUUUAGCCAACAAGAAACUGACAGCCAUCCCAUGGCAGGUUUUUGAACUGGAAGACUUGGAGGAAUUGCAUCUGGAGAGAAAUAGAAUUAAAAGCAUCUCGGGGAGUAUCCAUCAGCUUAAAAACAUGAAAGUCCUUUAUCUGAAUAAGAACAAUAUACAAGGCGUGUGUGAGGAACUUGGAGAACUGAAAAGUCUUCAGAGCUUGGAUUUAAGUAGUAAUCCACUCUCUCUGAAUUCACUGAAUAUUGUCAGUAAAUUGAGAGCACUUUGUCAGCUCAGAUUGUAUGAUGUAAACCUGGAUGAAUUUCCAGUGGAAAUCUGCAAACACCUUCAUCACCUAGAACUGCUGGGACUCUCUACAAACAAUUUAAAUUGCCUUCCCAAGGAAAUAGUCAAUUUGACCAAACUGAAAGAGAUUUAUCUAAAAAAGAACAAAUUUGAAAUUUUCCCCUCAGAACUUUGUCAUCUCUAUAACUUGGAAAUAAUAGAUCUAGAAGACAAUACUCUGAGCCUCAUUCCUGAAGAGAUUUCCUCCUUGGAAAGUUUGUCCCAAUUGUUUGUUGCAUUUAACAGCCUAACGUCUCUGCCUGAUACAUUGAGUAAAUGCUUGAACCUAUCUGUGCUUGAUUUGUCCAGUAACCUUCUGCGUAAACUUCCACGAAGUUUCAAGGAACUAACAGAAAUGAAGGAAUUUUCGAUGUCUCGGAAUAUCCUGGCAAAUUUUCCACGCCAGAUUCGCCGUUGGAGGUCACUCGUUGUGGUUUACUUGAAAAACUGUGCACUGCAGAUGAUACAUCCAUCUUUUGCCAAGCUAACCAGCAUGAUGAUAUUAGAUCUAAGUGAAAAUCUUCUGGAGGAGUUUCCGAGAGAGAUUUGUGCGUUGGAAAAUCUGGAGGUAUUGUCACUGGAUGACAAUCUGAUAUAUGAGAUACCUCCAGCAGUAUUCAGGCUUUAUAAGCUGAAAUGCCUCAGUCUGACUGGCAACAAGUUUGUCUGGUUUCCUGAAGAAAUAUUUGACAUUGGAUCACUAGAGAAACUGUACAUGGGACAAGACAACGGAAUCAAACUGACAGAAUUACCGGAAAGUAUCAGUAAGUUACAGAACCUGAAAGAACUGUACCUUGAGAACAACUGUUUGGAAUAUCUUCCAUCAACCAUAGGCUUGUUGAACAACUUGGAAAUACUUGACUGCCACAACAACUUUCUUAUAGAGUUGCCUGACUCCAUAUGCCAUCUACAAGGUUUGCAAAAACUACUCGUUCAUAACAACCAGUUGUUUCAAGUCCCGGAGAAUUUGGAUAGUCUAGAGAAACUACAGGUUCUCUUACUUGAAGGAAAUCCUAUGAUGGACCCACCAGUAGAAGUCUUUAACCAAGGGCUGCCAGCCAUAUGGCAGUACUUACGAGAGGCAAGACGACAUAAGGCCUUGGCCAUAAAGGUCCAGGCAUGGUGGCGUGGCCUAAUGGUACGCAAAGGAAUUGGAGCCUUUGCCGAGGUCCUGAAAAUGAUCAAGAAGGUCAAGAAAGAGAAGAAAGAGAAGAAAGGCAAGGAGAAAGAAAAAAAAGGGAAAGGCAAAGGAAAGGGCAAGGGCAAGAAGAAAUAGUCCUGUUAAGUGACACCUUAAAGUGCCAAGGGAAUAAAUACAAGCCAGCAAACAAAAAGAAUGCAUGGAAAAUCAUUUUCACAGAUCAAGAGAAUAUUUUUCUAGUGCUCAAGCCACAAAUUCCCAUUGGUAGGGAAAACUGUCCAGCAAGGCAAGUCUUAUAUUCUUAGAAACACAAGGAGGGGCUGAGUUGGAUUAGCACUGAUCAGUAAUCGGGACUUCAGUAUCUCAAAUCUGCAAGAAAUACCUCGCUGUCUUUUGCCUCUUUCUCUCUCUCUGCCCCAUGGCACUCUGUCAGGUAAGGCUGCAGGAGCCGUGUGUCACUGGGCCACCAGCUGCUGACUCGCAUGCUAGCACAAAGUGUCAUGCUCCAUACCAAACGUCAAAGUGAACAUUUCGUUCAUUGUUCCGAUUAAAACAUUCCAGUUGUUUUUGCUGAACUUCGGAAAGUAUCCAGCCUUGCAGUCCUAGCUCUGUGAACAGGGGCAGCUUCAGCAAGGCAGCCAAGAGUUUGCCAAACCAUUCCCCGCAGUCACCGCGUGAUGAUGGCUGAUGGCUGACAUCCAAUUCAGAAAGCUGCUUGAGCGCAACUAAGUCUUGACAGAAUGUUGCCCAUCCUUCGUUAGAGAUUUGGUUGUUAUAACUAAGGUCUAGUUCCUGUAGUUGAGCCAGAUGCCCAGCUUGGAUGACCAGGGCUGAAAUAAAUAAUUAGU